AUGGCUACCGAAAAGAAACAAUCCACUUUCCUUAUCGACUUCCUUAUGGGUGGUGUCUCCGCCGCCAUCUCUAAGACCGCUGCUGCUCCAAUUGAGCGUGUCAAGUUGUUGAUCCAAAACCAGGAUGAGAUGAUCAAGCAAGGCCGUCUUGCUAAGCGUUACGACGGUAUUGCCGACUGUUUCAGAAGAACUGCCGGUGAGGAGGGUGUUGUUUCCUUCUGGAGAGGUAACACCGCCAACGUUAUCCGUUACUUCCCAACCCAAGCUUUGAACUUUGCUUUCAAGGACAAGUUCAAAGCCAUGUUCGGUUUCAAGAAGGAGGAGGGUUACUGGAAAUGGUUUGCCGGUAACUUGGCCUCUGGUGGUCUUGCCGGUGGUUCCUCCCUUUUGUUCGUCUACUCUUUGGAUUACGCCAGAACCAGAUUGGCCAACGAUGCCAAGUCUGCUAAGGGUAACGGUGAGAGAGAGUUCAACGGUUUGUUGGAUGUUUACAAGAAGACCUUGGCUUCUGACGGUAUUGCCGGUUUGUACAGAGGUUUCUUGCCAUCCGUUGUCGGUAUUGUUGUCUACAGAGGUUUGUACUUCGGUUUGUACGACUCCUUGAAGCCAGUCUUGUUGACCGGUUCUUUGGAGAACAACUUCUUGGCUGCUUUCUUGUUGGGUUGGGUUGUCACCACCGGUGCCUCCACCGCUUCUUACCCACUGGACACUGUUAGAAGAAGAAUGAUGAUGACCUCUGGUCAAGCUGUUAAGUACAACGGUGCCUUCGACGCUUUCAGAAAGAUUGUUGCUGCUGAGGGUGUCAAGUCCUUGUUCAAGGGUUGUGGUGCUAACAUCUUGAGAGGUGUCGCCGGUGCCGGUGUUAUCUCCUUGUACGACCAAUUGCAAGUCAUCUUGUUCGGUAAGAAGUUCAAAUAAACUACUUAACCUGAAUUAGAUUGAAUCUAGAUACUCUUACGGUUAA